AUGAUAAAGGUAUUAUCAAACGGAUUGGAAACCAAUCUCUCGGAAAGGCUACUCGCUCCGGAAAAUAUUUAUGAUAGUAUCGAUGAAGAUAUUGAAGAAAAAAAUGAUAAAAUUAAAAGAAAUGGAGUUUCCCCUUUAUUAUCUUUCCUAAAAGACCUUACAACUUGUGAAUUUGAUAACUCAAUAUCCAAACUUCAAACCUCGCUAGAUAUGAAGGAGACCAUGUCAAGGAUCAAGCAACACAUUUGGAAUCGAUGGGAUCUCCAAUAUAUCUUGGUGUUUGCAUUACUAGCUUUUGAUUAUUAUAUUAUCGAAUUUCCUGGGCUCUUAUUUAAGACCAUGGUUGGGACUCUUUUAAUCUUGGCGCUUUUGAUACCCGCAACAUCACAGUUCUUCUUUCCAGCAUUACCUAUUCUCACUUGGCUAAUAACUUUCUAUUCUUGCUCGUCAUUUCCUAUUUACUGGCGUCCACCAAUCCAGGUUCAGUUCUUGCCGAUUAUUGAAUCAAUUUUAUAUGGUGAUGACCUUUCCAAUAUUUUAUCGACUUAUCAACAUCCUUUUCUUGAUAUAUUAGCAUGGAUACCAUAUGGUAUCAUUCACUUCGCGAUCCCGUUCGUUGCUGCAGCAUUAAUCUUCAUUUUCGGUCCUCCAACUGCCUUAAGAGCAUAUGCUUUUGCAUUUGGAUAUAUGAAUUUAACGGGGGUGUUGACACAAAUUUUGUUGCCAUGUGCCCCACCAUGGUAUAAGUAUAGUUAUGGGCUUCAGCCUGCUAAUUACAGUGUUCGUGGAUCCCCUGGAGGACUUGCUAGAGUAGAUGAGAUUCUUGGGGUCAACAUGUACUCGGGGUCUUUUGGUGCUUCCCCAGUGGUAUUUGGGGCAUUACCUUCACUACACUCUGGAUGUGCGGUGAUGGUGGCCUUGUACUUGCAUUACGUGUUUCCCAAAGCCUAUAUGGUUUGGUGUGGCUACGUGAUGUGGAUUUGGUGGAGCACAAUGUAUUUGACCCAUCAUUAUUUUGUCGAUCUUAUCUGUGGUGGAGUGUUGAGCUUUGUAUUUUUCCACGUCACCAAACGCAACAUGUUACCAAAGAUUUAUAUUGCGAACUUGUCAAGAUGGAAAUAUUCUGUAUUGGAAUAUGAACACGAGAAUCUACGAUUGGGUAAUGAAAACUCGAGAGCAGGAAGAAAUAUUGGUCUAAACUCUGGGCAUAUGCUUGAAGAUUUGCGACUUGUUGAGAAUGGUCAUGAUAAUUCGUUGUCGCCAUUGAUCCUACCAGUAAGCUCUUCGUUUCCUAGUCCCACAUCUCCCACGACACCGGUGUCUCCCAUUCUUCUUCAUUCUUCAAAUGAUAGUAAAGCAUUUGUUAGUGGACAUAUGAAGCCAUUCAACAGAGGUAAUUAUUAUAGAAAAUUGCUACCGAAAAGUGCAGGGCUUGAAGAAACGAGAGUCAAUAAUUUCCCGCGGGUUGCAAGUUGA